CAAAUUUCUGGUGGAUAUAACCAGCGAUACAGGCUUUUUAAUCCGGGGAUACGUCUGCGACUUGAAAGACGGGCACUUGUCCGUGAAGACCAAUGUCUGGGACGCAACCGGCUUAUGGAUCCCGUUCGACCGCCUGUUCGUACAAACAGGGGAUUCUGCAUCAAUGCUGCACGGAGCAUCGGUUGCUGGAUGAUCCGGCGCCGCAGCGUGGCACUGAUCAGCCUUGGUCCCGAUCAGCCAGCCGUCUGGCUACCGGCACGCGGUUUGCAGCUGCACAUGUAUAGACGCAGCAGUAACCGUUCUUGGUGGCUGCGGUGUAUUCAGGUUAGCGUCGACGGUGUGGGGAACGCUGAGUAUCUCAUCGGGGAAGACGCACGCUCUUAUGUACAGCAGCGUUUCUGCUACCGCGGAUUUGGACGUCGAGGGGGAAACGUGACACAGGACACCUUUCGCAAAACGGUUGUGCAGCUGGAGUCACGGGUGGCCGAGACGUUGCAGAAAUGCCUGAGCUGCCCUAAUUUUCAUGUUGACUGGUUGGAAGAUACGCGCACCCUGCUUACUACUAUAGCGGACGACUGCAUGGAACUGCUGAGCCGUGGCCCACUAAAGAGGAGGGCACAGCAACGAAUCGAGCGGCUCACCGGCGCUGACGCCUUCGAAAGGUUAUUCUGGGUCAAACGUAUUAUCUUGUCGCGUCUGGUUCCGCAGCACAAUCAGUUCCACCAGAAACUGUACUGCAUCUCGACAAUACUGAUUACCCAGAUCCAACGACGUCGAACAGCGGGAGCAUUCCCGUCGACAUACUGGCAGACGUCCUAUCGUAUCUCGACAUCUACGACCGUACGCUGUUGCAAAGAGUUUCUGAAAACUGGAAAGCGGUCAUGCAUUCCACAGGCGUUCAUUGUGACACAAUUAUACCGCAUCGUUCUUAUCGAUGUGACCCUCAAAACGCCCACGACCUAGCCUAUCGCCUUCAAAUGUCCGUGACCAGAAACACCACCGUCGUUUAUGUGACUGGACAUUGGUGGGACUUCCUAGAGACGGUCUCGAUCGUCCUUUUCUACAUGUCCGUCAAACUGGAGUGGCUGGUGAUCGCUGACAACGAAUCUGCCGGCACAAAAAAACUAUUUACAACCGAUUCCUCGUCUCCAACCGAACCGCUGCAGCUUAUUUGCUGCUAUAUUUCCCUAAAACGAUGUGGCUACCACUUCUGGCCGGGCUUAGUGGAGAGUUUUGACUUCACAUAUUCGUUCAGCACUGCAUCGUCCCACGAUGUGCAACUAGCAUUUUUUAAUCACCUGAAUGAAGUGGCCAAUCCAAUACGAAAAUCGAAAUUCACUGAGAUACAGUCGUGCAUCGACAUUCUGUCUAAACAGUCACGAUUUUGGAGAAGAGCAAACUGGAAAAGCUUUCGUGCAUGUUUUACCCGAUGGAGAGUGCCGCCGCCAGAACAUCUGAAGGGUCUGACAAUAGCUGCGUUGGCCAGCAUGCCCCGGAAGAACUUGGUCUUUCACAGCUUAGCGCUGUGGGCAGCGCAUAUCGGUGAUCAGCUGCGAAGUUAGAGCCAAUGUCGAUAUACCCGAGAAUAUUGUGUGGUCUAAAUGCCGGCGGAAUUUCUGUAGCCUGUGAAUUUCAAGCAUAAUGCUCACAAAAUUUUCUCAAAACAGUUCCUGCUAGUGAACGACACGCUGGCUGGAGGCCAUGCUGCACUACCGACAGGACGACCGCAUCAUCUUGCCCGGGCUGGCGCCGAGUGCUGCCGUGACCAAUAGCAUGGUUAGCCGGCCGCGUCUCAAUGAGGACACGAUGGUCCACUGCAGUGCGCCUGCCGGGGUCGGCUGGCGCGGUGUGGCGUGGCUGCACUAGAACUGCCCGUCUUCGAUGUCGGACAGCCGCAAGCGCUGCUGGAGGAGGAUACCACCGGGCAGCAGUACAGUUUCAGCCGCGUCAACCACGCCCUCUCCCAAUCACGUGAUGUGGGCAGCAUGGACGCAUCGUCUAGGGCCCCUGGGAAGCGCCGUAUGGGCUUCCCGGACCCGCCGCGGAAGAACUGCAGGAAGUCCGAUCAUACGCCGACCCCGGGCGCGACAACAGUCCUGGACCGGCGGCCUACGCGACACUGCUCGUGCAGCCGGUCACCCUGGACGACCACGGUUACAUCCACUGCCUCUUCCGGCCGCACCAGGACGUUCACGAGUGGAUCGUUCAGACGAUGAGGCUGCUGGUUUUCCCCAAGAACAACUCGCAAUAGCCCGUAGCACUGGCAGUAUGUGUGUAUAGUUGUAGAAUAUUCGGCAAAAUGUUCUCGUGUUAACAAUCAGCUGACACUUUACGUUAGCUUACUUACUGACGUUACAGUAACAGUAAUAAAUCCACUGUCGGUUUCGUUCAUG